CCCUGGCACUCAGAAUAAGACAGGGAGUGAGAGAAUUCUCCCUCUCACUUCUUGCCAUCUCUUCAGGGUGCUCCUUCCAGAGAAACCUGAGUGGUCUGAGAGGCAACGUAUCCAGAUAUACCAAGGCUGUCUCGGUUGUGCUCUUCCUGAAGCCAUUUGUGGCAUCAACCAGUCAUGGAUAAAGGAACCUCUGAAGUCAGUCCCAACAUGCCUACACUGACCAUCAAGAAGAAAGAAAAAUCCAAGAAGGUCACCAACAGUGUGGUGAUCUUUUUACUUGCUAGGCAACUGGGCAAGCACAGAAGUGAUGUGGAUUUGUCCAGGUGGGUGUGGAUGCUGAAUUAA